GCUCAAGAAUCACCUCCCCAAUUGUGUUCCACUGAAGAAUCUGAACGACGGUUCAGAGGAUAUCACUGUCUUUGGGGAUGGGCUCGCCUUUGUCAGCACUGUAAGCAUUUGACUCGAAACUUUUUUUUGAAUAAACAAUUUAAAAAAGAAAAACAAGUUGCACAAUAUAAGAGCCAUUGCAUUCGUACUGUGUAUGUAAUGAAUGUUGAUAGGGUGACUUCCAAGUGUAGCAGUGAUAAGAAAUUUGGAUUUCGCCAACGAUCCCCCUCCUCUGCGGUUCUCUUCUGCCUUUUUUUCCAUUUUGCAAAGUGGCUGACUAAUGCCGCUUAAUACAUCCAACAUCAAUUCCCAAACACAAUAUUUGGUUCAGUUGGCCGCCUUAUGGUUAUGGGCAUGUGCGGGACAGAGUGGGGAUCGCUAUGUUAACAACAUGCAGGGUCUAAAGUACACAGGGAUCAUGUCUUCCGAUGCGCCCGGAAAGAUCUUUCUCCUUGAUCUAAAACACUCUCUGCUGAGGCCGACGGAGCUGCGCAUGCCGAGAAACUUCGACCUGGAGACGUUCAACCCACACGGCAUCAGCGUCUACACAGACCCAACCGAUGGCACAGUGUACCUCUUUGUUGUGAAUCAUCCUCACCUCAAAAGCCAAGUAGAGUUAUUUAAAUUUGUUGAAGAGGAAUUCUCCCUGUUGCAUCUAAAGACCUUCAAACACAAACUUCUUAAUAGUCUGAAUGAUAUUGUGGCUUUAGGAGUGGAUCAUUUCUAUGCCACCAAUGAUCACUAUUUUUCUCAUAAACUCCUUAAAACGAUUGUGGAGCCUAUCCUGGGUCAACCUUGGUCCAACGUUGUCUACUACAGUGCAGAGACGGUCAAAGUGGUCUCUGAAGGAUAUUACUUUGCAAACGGCAUCAACAUCUCACCGGACAAAAGGUAUAUUUAUGUGGCGGAUCUACUUGACCAUAAUGUGCAUGUGCUGGAGAGGAAAGAAGAUAAUGCAUUGGUCUCCGUGAAGUCUGUGGCCGUGGGUUCACUCUGCGACAACAUUGAAGUUGACCCUAAAACAGGUGACCUGUGGUUAGGCUGCCACCCCAACGGAUGGAAAGCCGUCAUGUAUGACCUCCAAGAUCCACCCGGAUCAGAGGUCAUCUCCAUUCAGAACAUUCAUUCGGACGAGCCCGUGGUGACGCAGGUGUAUGCCGAUGAUGGUCACGUGAUUAUUGGCUCCUCGGUAGCUACGACCUAUGGAGGGAAACUGAUCAUUGGAUCCGUAUUUCAUAAAGCCUUAUGCUGCGAUUUGGAGCAGGUGGAGACACAAAUUGAGUAUGAAGAGGAUUUGUUUGAAUCCUCUGAUAAAUAGUUUGUUGGAUCGUUAACAUUACAUUCAUUUUUAGUGGCGGUAAAAGUUUUAUAAGCUGUGGUGGAUCUUUUUUUAUUUUUAUUUUUAUUUUUUUUUUUAUUUUAUUUUUUUUAAAGAAGCUGUUUGCCGUGUGAUUGACUGGAAACCAGUCCAGCUCAUCCAAAGUCUGCUGGGAUAGGUCCCAGCUAACCUGCAACCAAAGCGCACAAAUCCAAUAGAAAAUUGAUCUAUGGAAAAAUAGAUGAAUAAGCUACUACAGAAUUGUAUAUUAGAACACUACAAAGGACAUCUUUUGGUCCAACAUUUGUACUGUAAAAGUUUUUCAAAUGAAGUUUGGUGCAUCACUGCCUGUUGCUUGUCAUAAGUCGUCUCGUGAAUUCCAGACGGGAAGGCAGAAAUUGCAUGCAUUUCCUGAAAAGGACACCAGAGGGCAAGCAGAGGAAAUUGUCAGACUCGAAAGCGAACACACACACACGCGCAUAUAAUUUUAAUAUAUAUCCGAAGAGAUGGCCAUCAUCUUUUUUUCUUAUGCUCAUCUAAAAUGCAACAGUUUUUGGGAGACUUCUUGAGUAAUUCUCUUGAAUGUCAUCAGCCAUCAUGCUUCAGCAGUUGAAUUUAUUUAGUCAUUUUCAAAAGGCCAUUGAAGCAGCGCUGAGGCACACGGGAUUCAAACCCCAAACCACAGAACUGUGAGGCGCAAGCGCUAACUACUCAUUCACUCAUGUCAAAUUAAUCAUUUGAUUUAGGUUCGAUAAUUGUCAGGGUUUACACCCUUAUACCAACCGUGGAGGUUUAUUUUGGAUCCUCCUGUCAAAAUUUACAAUUCAAUACAAACUCUUUGAAAUCCCCGGCAUUUAUUUACUGUUCAGAAUGAGAAUUCAUUCACUAGUUCUGUCAAAGCAACCCCAACGAUUUGAAAUUUGAAAAACAUUUUCUUCAUUAUUUUUUAUUUAUUUAUUUUUUUAGGUACAAUAGUAAAAGCAGAAGGUCAAUUGGUUUAAUGUAUUCCGUGCUAAAUUGUUGAUUAAAAGGUAUGUGUUUCCAUUCCCUUAUUUUACUACUACUCUUGCAACUGUCAUGUUGAAAUAAAAACAAAAAGGAC